CAGAAGCAACAGUGGGGUUUUGCAUUUUUUCCAGUUGGGGCAAUCUGAGAAAGAGUCCAUUUAAAAGGACUUCCGUCAGGAGAAAGGAAGCUCUAAACUGCCAUUAGGAGCGUCAGCAUUCAGCAAGCGAAUCCCCUCCUGUCUUCCUCCUUCCCUACAUCUCCUCUCUUCUCUCUCUCUCUCUCUCUCUCUCUCUCUCUCUCUCUCUCUCUCUCUGUUUUCCCAUGGCGGUUGACCUUCGCAAUUCCUCAGAUUCAUUCUUCGCCCAACAACUCGACUGGUCGUCUCCUUCUCUUCCCCAUGUCUCCUCUGCCAGCAGCACCGCUUCCCUCUGCUCCCCGCUCGAGUCCGAGCUCGGCUCCACCGGGUCGGAGACGACGGAGAGCGACCACGACGCCGGCGACGAUUACAUUGUUGAGUUGACCCGGCAGAUGGCUGACUCCAUGUUCAGUGAGUUUGACGAUCUUAUGAGUACCAUCCACCCCGCCAAGAAUUCGAUUCAGGAGGAGGCGGAUAAGUUGGAGAAACAGGGGAAUUUUAAGGGACCAGUUGAGCAGGAGUCCAACACUAAUGUUAAUGUUAAUGGUGUGUUCAUUGACAGCAGCCCUGUUUCAGAGCUGCAGAAGAAGCAGGCGCUGAUUGAUGAGCAAAUACGCUCUGUUCAGCUCCAGAGGCUGAAGCAGGACCAAACAACAAGGAAGCCGAAACAGCAGCAGCAGCAGCAGGGGAAAGGAAGCAGGGGAAAUCGCAGCAAGAACAGAGCUUUGGCAAAUGAGGCAGCCAACAAGGGACAAAAUCCCUCCUCGUGGACGACCCCACCACAGCAGCCGAGGCCGGCGGUGACGAGGGCGGUUUUCCUCGGCGAUCCCGGUAGAGUCGGGUCGGCCGGCACCGGCGUGUUCUUGCCUAGAGGAACCGGGAACCCUACUAAUCCCGCCGAAUCACGCAAGAAGCCAGCAGGAUAUUCUACGGUGUUGAUGCCGGCAAGAGUUGUUCAAGCUCUGAAGCUCCACUUCGACAAAAUGGCAGCUGGCACCGCCGCAUCACCGCUAGAUCCGCCUCCUGCCGCCGCCUUGCCACUCCCACCACAUGGUGUGUACGCGUUACCGCACCGAAAGGAAUCUUUAUUUAAUUUAAUUCUUUUCUUUUUUGGUUAUAUAUGUUUUAAUGAAAUACAUACAUAAUUAAUUAGCACCGUAAUUUGUAGAUGCAGUGACGGGAGAUGUGAGGUACGCGUUCCUAUUGCAACAGAAAAGUCAACCAGCAUCGGCGAAGCAGUCAAAGAAUAACCAGCAUCGACAUAAGCACUAUCAAGAUGUGGGGCUGCCUCAAGAAUGGACGUAUUGAUUAGGGCUUUUGCUUCAGCCGACGGAAACCAAAAAAGAAGAAAAAUAUUAUGCAGAAACAGAAGAUGACUGAUAGACUGACGUUUCGUCAGGAAUAAACAGCAGGCAGCUGAAAUGGAAUCUGGUAGGGGCGGACGAUUAGCAUGUAGCGGGGAAGGGAUUGGUUUUAUUUUUAUUUUUUAUUAUUGUUAUGGCUUUGGAAAGAUGGAAUAGGUCGGCGACCGGCCGGAGUGAUCAAAAGAUGAAGGCCGGCCGGCCGGGUUUGAUUGUCGUUCUCUCGCUGCCUAGUAUUAUUAUGUGUUGGUUUUAGGGGUGUCUGAUUAUCAUUGUUUUAAGUCCUUCUGUAAUAAAGAUUCGCAGCCAUGUGUAUGCGAGCAUGACUAUGCUCCCAAUAAUGUUCUCCAUUAAUGCCUACUUUGUUGCGGGAUAAUCAAUAAAAGCAAAACCCACUUCAUUUUAUA